GGGGGUUGUCCGCCCGCGGCACGCAUUGGAGCCGCAGCCUCCUUGCGCCGGGUCCCGCGGUCGCAGCUCGUGCCGCCUCCUUCUCGUCCUCGCCUUAGCAGCUUGCUUCGUGGGUCGGUCCUUCCGACACACGAGCUCCAAGCCGCUCCUCUCUUUCCCUAAAGCCCUUCAAGGCAGUCUUCGGUUUCCUUCUUUCCAGCCUACCCUCUUCAGCCCCGCGAAGAUGGUGGACCGCGAGCAACUAGUGCAGAAAGCCCGGCUGGCCGAGCAGGCGGAGCGCUACGACGAUAUGGCCGCGGCCAUGAAGAACGUGACAGAGCUGAAUGAACCACUGUCCAACGAGGAACGGAACCUCCUGUCGGUGGCCUACAAGAACGUGGUUGGGGCUCGCCGCUCCUCCUGGAGGGUCAUCAGCAGCAUCGAGCAGAAGACGUCUGCGGAUGGCAAUGAGAAGAAGAUAGAGAUGGUCCGAGCCUACCGGGAGAAGAUCGAGAAGGAGCUGGAGGCCGUGUGCCAGGACGUGCUGAGCCUGCUGGACAACUACCUGAUCAAGAACUGCAGCGAGACCCAGUACGAGAGCAAGGUGUUCUACCUGAAGAUGAAAGGGGACUAUUACCGCUACCUGGCCGAAGUGGCCACUGGGGAGAAAAGGGCGACCGUGGUGGAGUCGUCCGAGAAGGCCUACAGCGAAGCCCACGAGAUCAGCAAGGAGCACAUGCAGCCCACCCACCCCAUCCGGCUGGGCCUGGCGCUCAACUACUCCGUUUUCUACUACGAGAUCCAGAACGCCCCGGAGCAAGCCUGCCACCUGGCCAAGACCGCCUUCGAUGACGCCAUCGCCGAGCUCGACACUCUGAACGAGGACUCCUACAAGGACUCCACUCUGAUCAUGCAGCUGCUCCGAGACAACCUAACGCUCUGGACGAGCGACCAGCAAGACGACGACGGCGGCGAAGGCAACAACUAAGACCCAGGUGGACUGGCAGCGCACGCUGAUGCUACUACUGCAGUCUUUAUUUUUUCCCAUGAGUUGGGGGUCGGGUGGGGGAGGGAAAGGGAGGGCUGACCUUCCCAGGGAGAAACCCACGACUGUCCUGUCUUUGAUUGCCUCUUUGACAUUUUUGCCAAAAUACCACUAGUGGAAAGUCAGGCUAGCUAUGCUGGUAUCGGAGUAGCAGCCUCACAGGCGCCGGGACUGUUGUGCAGGUCGUGCAAGUGGAGCUGUCUGCCUUUAGUUUAACUUAUUGCUAGACGGUAGGGUUCUAAGCAGAAAGACCGAUGGAUGGCCCUCGUUCAGUGCGUUCUGUGGUUCCAGUAAGGAUUCUUCUGUCCACACGCCCUCGUCUUCAGUUCCGUGGCUGUUUUCUCUCUGUGGCUCUGCUGUUUUCUUUCUUUUUCUCUUUUCUCCUUUCUUUCCCCGGGGUGUAUACCAGAGAAGUUAGAGUCUAAAUUACUCAAGUGGACAGGCUUAGAGUGGAAGGCACAACCUUUAUUAACGAGUCAGACGUGGCCCUGUACUUAGAAGUCUCUGACGGGUUGACAGUAUUAACACUAAAUUGUAGUUUACAGUAUUUCUACACGACAGCCAUACAUGACACCAAGCCAUUGGUUCUGAGUUUUCCUUUGUCAGUCGGCUUUACGUCUGUGUCCAGGUCGGUCUGGCUGUCCAUCAGCUCUCGUCAUGGGGAGAGUCAGCUUCCCGGAGGUUUUGGAUGAUGGGCGCUUGGCAGGUGGCUGUUGGGGAAUACUUUUUUUUUUUCCUCGGUUCUUCUUUACUCUCUAAGGCAAGCCCAUCACAAAAAUAGAAACCGUUAAGUACCACACACACAGAGAAAACGGAGAAAAUUCAGGUCUGUAUGUCAUUAUCAGAGACUCCUGCUCUCAGCAGCCAGGGCUCCAUCCUCAGUGUCACUGCCGCUUGAAUGUUUCUCUGCACUUGAGUCUGCCCGUACCCCGUGCUAGCAGCACGCAGGUAUCCUAGGUGUCGGGCUGGAUUGCAGAGGUGGGAGGUUAACAAGACUUGGAACAUCCGGUGCCAGCAGCUGAGCCAACAGGAAACCGCUGGGAAGAGGCAGUUCACUGGAGGGAGCCUGGUCCCAAACCAGUUGUCCCUGCCACCCCUCCAACCCCCCGCACUCCUUCCCCAAGUGCUCAGUGGAGGGUACCGAGGUUCAGCAGGAGGCGCUGCUCACCCCUGUCUGACCUAAGCUUCCCUGGUUUUCCUUUCUGAAUGAAAUCGUAGUUGAUGGAGAUUGGCUUCUCACGAGAUCGCUGCACACGUGACAUUGAAGGAAGCUAUGCUGCUAUGCCCUUACAUGGUCCAUCUCAGCCCUUGGUCCCUCAUUCUCACUGUGGAUAAAUCUUCCCGUAAACGUGCCCUGUUGCAUGCAGAGUGUGCAGUUUGUCUCCUGGAGAACCCAUGCUCUCAUGGCUUCCCAAGAUGGCAGCACCCUAGACUUGCUUUACUUGUCUUCAGAGGCCCAGCAGCCACUUUAUCUUAUACUGAAACCAAGCUCCCACUUAAGCUGAGUACGCUUAACAGGAUGCUGGUGACGUGGCUGUAGAAGAAUGACGCCCCUCUGCACAGUCCUCCUAGCAUGCCCUCCCUCAGAGGCCCCUCCUCAUGCUGGUGUGCAAACACCCACUAACCGAGGCCCGUGGAAGACCGCAGUGGAGGAAGCUUGGCCACCAGAGCCAUGGACAGAGGGGUUGGGCUUCACCCGGUUGGUUUGUCUCCAUGUCGGCAGUGAGCAUGUCUGUCCCGCUUGUACUGUUUGGAAAUGACCUACUGGAAUUGCAAAACCUAGUUUCUCUUUAAAUUUCAGCCUUGACCUUUGCUGUGUUCUAGAAAAGUCAUGUGAGGGUAGAACUGAAGAGGGAGAGCGGGAGACCUGACGUGAGCUUGGAUGGUUCCUUCUCCGUCCCUUACUGUUGAGAAGCGCACCUGCCUCUGAUGCUGUCUCCGUUGCCGCGGUUGCUCCUCCACCUAUCGAUACAGUAUUGUGCAUGCUGGUGUUGUAUUUCUAUACGGUAGCUUGACAUUUAUUACCUUACACUGUAGGCGUUAUGUAUUCCUAUGACAACAAAACUUAAGACUUCAACAUUUUUUAAACUUUUUUUUUUUUAAUUUAAUUUUUUCCUUUCAGGGGUAAAGUUUGCUUUACCAAAAAUAGUGGUUGUAACAAAUUGAUCUGUUUUGGAUGUUGCUAUAGUGACAUGCAGUUCUCUAUUUUGUUUUCAGGGGGGAGGGAACAAAAGAAACACCAGUGUUAGCUUACUCUUAAUGUCUGGUGUUUGUCAUGGUGAAAUUAUAACUAUUACAGUGUUGGAGAACGCCGCGGACGUUCUCUGAACGCACCUCUGUGCUUUCUUGUCAUGUUAUGCAGUGAAACUAUUUUUAAGGUCUAAUCAAGUGAUUUUUCCCCCCAACUCCGUGUUUCGCUAAGGAAUUAUUUCGCACACGGACCAUUCUUAGCAGUUUCCUCAGUGAUGGAAUAUUCAUGAAUGUGAGUCAUUAUGUAGCCGUCGUACAUUGAGCAAAAUAAACUUACAGAUCUGA